ACUUUAUUCAUAAACAAAUUCAAAUAAAAUAAAGUACAUGUGUCUCAUAAUGGCUGGACAAUUUGGCUUUCUACUGUCACCUCAUUCGAAACUCCUUCAGUGACGCAUGCGCACAUAUGGCUUGGGCCACAAGGACGCAUAAUCGACAACCGAGUGUAUCAACGCAUCCUCCCAUCGAACUCAUUUACUCGCAAUGGCAGACAAAUCAACUGCUCAAAAAAGCGUCAAAAUAGCCGCUGGAGCUGUAGUUUGUGUUGAAAGUGAAAUCAGAGGAGAUGUUACCAUUGGCCCGAGGACAGUAGUCCAUCCCAAAGCUCGUAUAAUAGCAGACGCAGGACCCAUUGUGAUCGGCGAAGGAAACUUAAUCGAAGAGCAAGCGCUGAUCAUUAACAGUUACCCAGAAAACAUCACACCAGACUCUGAAUUGGAGCCGAAAACAAUGACUAUUGGCACAAACAACGUGUUUGAAGUGGGCUGUGUAUCUCAAGCUCUGAAAAUUGGUGACAACAAUGUAAUCGAGUCUAAAGCUGACGUUGGUAGGAAUGUGAUCCUCACCAGUGGGUGUAUCAUCGGAGCCUUCUGUCAGGUUAACACCUGUGAGGUCAUACCUGAGAACACGGUCAUCUUUGGUUCUGGAUGCAUGAGGAGGGUUCAGACGGAGCGACCACAGCCCCAGACUCUCCAGCUAGACUUUCUGAUGAAGAUUUUGCCGAACUACCAUCAUUUGAAAAAAACUGUUAAAGCGAGCCACACGACUAGCUAAUAAGUUCAUCCUAGCAAAACUGCUAAAUUAUGCUUAAUUAUGUUGCGAUAUAGAAUAAAUGUACAUAAAUAAGUCCUGUCUCUACUUGUUCCACUGAUAUUUUUUACUAUAAACUACAACACAAGUGAAGCAUUUCCUCUUCCUGCACAUCACGGUUGUGUUUAUGGAAAGUAAAUCAUUUCCAUGCUGCAGAUGAACUUGAUGUAUGGAAAGUAUUAUUUAAGACAUCUGACACAGCCUUGUGUAACCAUGUAAUUUAAUAAAAUAAUUCCAAAAAGCCUA